CAUACCGCUUUCUCGGAACAUAUCGAAAUUGUUGACAAGAUAUUAACACCAGCUUCACCCGAUAGCAAUUCCAUCCAAUUGACCCCGGCUGACCGUGAGAAAACACUUGACAUAUUUACCCGACGUAGAAGAUUAUCAUCACUGUAACUUGUUCAACUCUCAAGUCUCCGAGGGACCAACCCAAUAUCACGAACUGCCGUUCGCAAUAAAGUACCCACCCACCAAGAUACCCCCCCCGGCCCAAUCCAUAUACCUCCAUCACAGCCUCUCCCCAGGGCCAUCACCACCACCGACACGAUGAGACUCCGCGACGUCCAACGCGAACAAACCGAUUACUUCGCCUACUAUCGCAUGGGCCGGGCCUCCUCCUGGUCCCGCAACAAACGCCGAGACGCCAUCCACAACCUCGAGUUCCCCCGUCGUCGACCCACGCACUGGCCAGGUUUCGGCCCGCCUCCUCCUCGUCCGGGGAGAAACACGUUUCGAGAACCGGAGCCGUAUUCAAAGAGCCAGGAGGAUGCCAAGAAGGAGGGACCGUCACCGGGUGUGCAGAGAAGGGCACGGAGAUUGGAGAGAUUACUGGCGCAGGAGGACAUGAGGUUCGAGAAGGUGUUGGGGUGGGGAGGGUUUGGGAUGGCUUGUUUGUUUACUAUGCCCGGCGGAGGGGGGCAGGGAGGGGGAGAAAAGGUGGUGGUGAAGAUUGAAUUGGAGGGGAGGGAUACGGUGGAGAAGGAGAGGAGGAAUUAUGAGUUGAUGCGCGACGCCCACCACGUCCUCCACAUGUACAACCUCGCGGCCGAAGAAGCCAUCGAACAGGGUGACCUCGCAGCCGGCGGUCUUUUCCUCGAGUUCAUGGAGCGCGGCACGCUGGAGAAAUGGAUCGUCAAAAUGGCCAAGGAACGAAAAACGUUCAGCGACAGGGCGCUAUGGACCAUCUUCGACUGCCUUGCUCGCGGCUUGGUCGCUUUGGCUUACCCCGGAAAGGAGUGGAGGGUUGAAGAGUCGGCUAUGGAUUGCAACGAGGCUCCGAGGGAUACGUUGGUGCAUUUUGAUAUUGAUCCUACUAAUAUUCUGGUGGGAGGCUUUGGCACGUUUGGACAACGUAAUCAUUCUAUUGCGCCUAUACACAAGAUCGGUGACCUGGGCUUGGGAGAAAUCUUCAACUCCCGCGGACGACGAGACCCCGAAAGAGUAUGGUAUGCCCGCCAGUCCGGGAAGGUUUAUCUCUACACGCCUGAACAGUUUACCGAAGAAUGGGACUGGCACGCCGGGGCACCGGCCGCCGAUGGGGCACCGACGGCGGGCAACUAUCGAGAAAGCAUGAACAUUUGGCAGAUGGCCUGGACCAUGUAUGCCUUGAUCACCUUGUGUUGGCCUAACGAAAAAAAGGAACCAUUGGUAUACUCCAGUAAGGUUUUCGACCGAACCGUGAAAGAUGCUACAUACGGAGGCGAUCUGAUGUACUCCGGGCGCUACGAUGACACGGACCGAGACCUGAGAAGACUGGUUGCGCAGUGCUUGUAUCACUCUCCGUUAUCGCGGCCAACGCUCCAGGAGCUCGAGGUGGUCAUCAAGGACAAGCUGAGGAGCAGAUUGGACAAGUCGGAGGAGGAAUCGAGAGCGUGGGCUAAGAGGUUUUACGGAGAGCCAGAAAGGCGACGGCCGGCACCGGCCCCGGCUCCUGCCCGUGAGCGUUGGAAUAUGGGUGCUCAUCCUCCGAACCGGUUUGGCGGGGCGGCUCGGGCUCGGUUCGGCAAGGUGUUUUCGAACGAGAGUGUCUUGGACUUGGAGAGAAUACGAAAACGGAGGGCAGAUGAGGACCACCGGCCGGUGAUUCGACGACAACCACAGCCUCGUAGGUUCUGGAGGGACUAA